AUGGGUGAUUUUCCAGUCGGUGAAGUUGGUAGGACGCUUGAGGGAAAGGAUGUUUCGGUUAUUGGGUGUAAUGAGGAGUCUUGGGUCGUGGUUUUGGUCCACGGUUCAAUUAUGAUUUGCGUUCUCCAUCUGAAACAUUUUCAUGGACUCGAGUACCGUCGUAGUGAGGUAGGUCUCAUCGGGCAGAGGUUGGUGAUUUCUGGGAUAUGGGGCCCAGACUGGAGCACUUUUGGCAAACAAACUGACAAUGUCACCAUAAUAGAUUUUUUCGGAUCGCGAUGUGCUGAGGCUGGUGAGCUUGUUGCAAAGGAAUGA